ACAUCCACGCCCUCUUUAUUGUCCUAUUUGUUUUCUAAAUCAUCUCAUAUCUAUUCUUCAUGAUUUAGAGUUAAAUAAUUACAUUAAAGUAUAAGUUUCAUGUAUAGUAGAAGUAGGUUAUGAUAGACUAAUUAAUUCUUGAUCUUAAUAAUUAUCACAUAAAAAUGACAUUAUAUCACUUUGGUAAUUGUUUAGCACUAGUCUAUGUGCCAUACUACUUAGCAUAUAAAUAUUCUGGACUGUCAGAAUAUGGGGCGUUUUGGAAAUGCAUUCAAGCUGGUGGUAUUUAUAUAUUUACUCAACUUGUAAAAAUGUUAGCACUUGCUACAUUUUUUCCUACUGCCGACAAUGUUAGUCAAGAAGGUUUCGAUCUUUUUGGAGAAUUUUUAAAAUACUCAAUAGACUUGGCAGAUCUUGUAGGAAUAUUGAUAGUCUUAAAAGGAAUACCUGGUAAAGGACAUGCUAAAGUUUUAACAGCAGGAAUUGGUUGGGCUGGAGCAGAAGUACUUUUAACAAGAUUUUUACUACUCUGGGUAGGAGCUCGGGGAGCUGAAUUUGACUGGAAAUACAUACAAAAGAGUUUAGAAUCAAAUAUAUCUCUUAUACAACAUAUAUCAACGGCAACGCUGGUCUGGUUAUGGUCCCGACAUGAUUUAAAGAAGAGUUUAGUACCAUUAGUUAUUAGUAUGCUAUUGUUGACUGUCUACAGACCAUUGAUAUUAGAUUUAUUAACGUCAUUAUUACUUGCUGGGCCUUGGUCGUCCCUACUCAUCAAAGCUGUAACGACUCUUUUCAUGGGUGCGGUUACACUUCAUAUUUAUGCUGGAUUUGCUCAUUCCAUUGGAAUUUUUUAAACAUACCAAAUCAACCACCUUCGAUUAAUAUUAAUUAAUUACUGUCAAAUUAUUCACUAAUCUUUCAUUUUUGUAAUUAAACCCAUUCCAUUAAAGAUAA